AUGUCUCAAGUGAAGUACUACCACCACGGCCGCUUCCGCGUAGCCGGCGGCGUCCUGCCCGACGCAUUCACUGCCUAUCGUACGUACGGCGACCCAAAGAACCCUUGCAUCGUCUUUCCGACUUGCUAUGGUGGACGCCUGGACAAUCGUGGCCUGCUAGGCCAGGAUUACAUGAUUGCCUCGGAGACGGAGCACCAUGCCCUAGAUCCUGCUAAGUACUACAUAGUCACUCUGGCAUUAUUCUCCAAUGGCGAGUCCUCUUCCCCGUCAAACACGGCCCCUCCGUACAACGGCCCCUACUUCCCGGCCAUCUCCUAUGGCGAUAACAUUCGUGCUCAGUAUACCGUCCUCACGAAGGUUCUGGGUGUACAGAAGGUCCACUGCGUCAUUGGGUUCUCCAUGGGUGGCCAGCAGUCAUACCACUGGGCAGCCAUGUACCCGGACUACGUCGAGAAAUUCAUAGCUAUCUGUGGCUCCGCCCGAACGAGCCCUCACAACAAAUGCUUCCUUGAAGGCCCCAAAGCCGCUCUCGUAGCCUCCAAAGACUUCGACAACGGGCACUACAAGGCGCACCCCGAUAUCGGCGUCCGCGCCUUCGGGCGCGCCUACAGCGCGUGGGCCUAUGGGCAGACCUGGUUCCGCCAGCACGGCUACCUCCACGACGGAAAGUACGCCUCGCUCGAGGACUUCCUCCGCGCGGAGUGGGAGGGCGGCUUCCUCGAGUGGGACGCGAACGACCUCCUCACGCUCCUGCACACCUGGCAAGACGGCGACAUCACCGAGUCCGUCGGCGGAGGCGUGGAGCUCGCGGACUGCCUCGCAGGGUUGAAGCCGCGGGGUCUGAUUAUGCCAUGCAAGACGGACUUGUACUUCCCGCCGGAGGACAGCGAGAACGAGGUUGCGCUCAUGAAGAACGGCUCAAGGCUUGUCGUGAUCGACUCGGUAUGGGGUCAUAUGGCUGGAGGAGGCUCGAAUGACAAGGACACCAGGUUCCUCGAUGAGCAGAUAGCGAAGUUCCUCGCAGAAGCGUGAACAACCCAUGCCAUGCCAUGUCGAGGUGCGUGGAGAUAUGGCGGCAUAUGACACCCAUGUGCCACAAUGUACUUGUAUCGAUCCAUGCUUUUCCCUGUGCCAUUGCAAUCAGUAUUCAUCGGCACGCGAUAAGGCGUGAGCACAAGUCGAGCACAAGUUAGACCAAUCCUCCUCGCGUAUGCUACACAUUGAUACACAUGGACCUACUCAUUACACAUCGCCGCCAAUCCAGAAUCGCUAACGCUACAUAGUAUUCGCUUUGUCAUACAACCCAGCAGCCUAGAAAUAAGAGC